AUGGAUGCUGCGUCCUUUUCUGAUUGGCUGCAGCUGGAUGAAGCCGAGAGCGCGCGGUGAGCCCUACGACCGGCCUGAAGAGACGGAUUGCUGCAACUGUUUGAUGAGCUACCUGCACGAUCUCCGGCUGUCCAGUAACUCCGUCUGCCCGCGGACCCUCGUAUUGUCGACCCGCUGCACUUCGGCAAGUCCUCUGCUUUCAGUGGAUCGGAAUUCGAGUGGACUGGUAGCAUGAAGAAGAUAGUACCGAACUCAGGAUCAACUCCAGUGGGACUUAAUCCACAACAGUAGACAAAUCCGCAUAUGAAGUGGCCAAUCGGAUCUCCAAAGCUUGUCAGGCAUUCCUAAGCUGCAACAUCCAGUUCGACAUCGUUUAGACAUCCUCCUCAAGGUGGAACCGGUAAUUUGCCGGGCUCUUGGUCUACAUACAUGGAUGGUCGGUAGAAGCGAACAGGCGAGUCCCAGGAAGCAGUUCAGAUGAAGCAGAAGAAGAAGAGGAACAGGAAGAAGAAGAAGAAGAAGAAGAAAAAGAAAAAGAAAAAGGAAAAGAGGAAGAAGAAGAAGAAGAAGAAGAAGAAGAAGAAAAAGAAAAAGAAGAAGAGGAAGAAGAAGAAGCAGCAGAAGAAGGUGAUGAUGAUGAUGAUGAUGAUGAUGAUGAUGAUGAUGAUGAUGAUGAUGAUGAUGAUGAUGAUGAUGAUGAUGAUGAUCACUGA